AUGGACGAGAAAAGGCGCCGGACCAGGACAGGCUGCCUAACAUGCCGAACACGACGGAUCAAAUGUGAUGAAAGAAAGCCUCUCUGCCAGCGCUGUGAUAUUGCGAAUGUCGAGUGUGCAGGGUACGCGGAGAAACGCCGUCUUAUGGCAAGGCUCCCAAAACACAGCGCGGCCACAAUCACGGUUACGCCCACGACCGCCUCGCCCUCGACAGAAUUUGAGCCCCAAGGCGACACCUCGCCACAUCGAAAAACACACACCGUUGGUGUGCCUUUGAUAGGAAUUCCAAACAACCCGGGCUCAUUACAGCGGCCGCACGCACGAGCCCGCGAUGUUUUGGCCUACCACCAGUUUCUCUUCAGGGCUAUGCCAAACAUUUUUCCAAUGGAGAGUCUUUCCUUCUGGAAAGACUAUAUCUGUCAAGAAGCGUGGGAAGUCGAAUAUGUCUUUGAUGCCAUUGUCGCUCUCGGAUCGAUGCAUCGGGCAACUUUGCUGUCAUCACAGCCAAGCGAGAAUGACCGCAAUCGAGCUUUAGACACCAAGGUCAUUGCUAUCCGAGCAUAUGCAAACGCUUUGCAAGGUGUUUCUGAUAAUCUGGCUUGUAAUCAGAUCCCAAUGGCUCUUCUCCUGGGAGUGCUCAUUCUCUUCGCAUACGUCGAGUGUUUCGAUGGGAAUGUUCCGGCGACAAUGCGACAUAUUCAUAUGGCUCAGCAUUAUUUCCAAGUAAUGGGCUCUAAGAACUCUCAAGAAUCGGAACGAUUUAGGGAACCGAUCGAGCUAUGUCUUCAAGACUUGGAUCUCAUUCGUCGCGUUACCCUACCGGAUCCAAAAGUGAUCAAAAUGAUUUAUCCGCUAUAUAGACAAGGCCACAGUCCUAGUAUAUCUCCAUCGUCACCUCAGAUGGGCCUAGACUCGUCACCGAGACUCAUGCUGCAACAGGUACUUGACAUUGGCUCUAUGGACGCCGAAAUCAAACAAUUGACAUGGUGCCCAAUUGGAGUCAAUUUGAGGCAACUGCCAGAGGCAAAACUUCUGGCUAUCAUUGAGAGUCUCAAAGCUUGGAAGAAUACCCAUGCCGUCCUAUUUCACAGAUUCGAGGUCGACGAAGCGUUAUCAGACCCUGUCAACUUCAAUUAUGUGGCUCUGGACAAACUUUCCAUGCCCCCGAGUCCUCACCACAUGUUACCAAAAGACUACUGCCUCGCUCUAGCAUUGUAUUCAUUCUACCGAGCACGUCUCCUAUGGGCACUGAGCAUCCACAACCACGGAGAAAGUAACUUCGAACUCGACGCCUAUCACUUCAUCUACCAAUUUCUAAGAUUUGUCAAGACAGCCACCGACGCCCCACCAUCAACCUCCCAAGAUAGUCCCUUAGGAUGCGAAGCCCUCAGAAUAGGCUUCUCGCCCAUGCUUUUCCUUGCCGGCCAAUCCUGCGCCAAACCAGCAUGGCUUCGCUGGAUUUCAUUCGAACUCGAUCGAGUCGGCCAAGAAGGCGUUUUCAACAACAAAGCAUUUUCUUCAAGCCUCGAUGUCCUUUCGACUCUCGAGACACGCAUCAAUCGAAAUCCGAGACAGACUGGUAUCGAGCACUUCUCAUCCCCGAUUUCACGUGUCCUUUCUGUGCUUUUCCCGGAUAUGGAUGGACGGGCUUACGUGACAUACUAUGGCCGAGUCAGCGAGAGAGAUGCAGAUGGUGGCAGCUUGUAUUCUCCAUUAUGUAUCGCGCGCUGGUCGGCUGUUGUCAAUGGGGGUAGGCCGGUUGUGAAUACGUUUGAUGGGGCCCUGGAGACGGUGUACAGUGAAUGGGUGCUGCAUCAGGGUCUUGUGAGGGAUUGGGUACAGUGGCUGACUUUUUCGGAAUUUGAUCUGAAUCAGACGCUUCAUGAUCACAUGAAUGGGAGUCGGCUUUUGCCUAAUCGUGAUGAUAUGGAUUGGUAA